AUGCCUUCGCAACACAUUAAAACCCUCGGACGCAACUGGGUUCAGUACAUGGACGACGAACGUAGCCAGAAUGCAGACCCACUUCCUCUCACUCGGCCCUCCGAACACCCUAGUGAGACGUUUCACCGAAGCACACUGAUCCCUGUGCACCCUUCCUUGUUCCCUCCAGUGGCGAUUGUUCUUCGUGUGCCAGAUACCCUGAAGUUGGACAAAGGUAGAUUAGAACUGCAUUAUGGCACCCAGAAGGCGUGUAAAGGUGAACGGUUUGGGAGACAACCUGUUGUGCCACAAGUCAAAGUUGAGAGCAAGCGGGACCCGUGGAUCCCGGGGGCGUCUUCUUCGUCUUCCCUCAGCAUCUUCCGGGCAGAUCGGGCGCUUAUCUCCCGAAUCCUCACGAAUUGGACAAAGAGUGUUACUUCCGAAAUAUAUAAUAAGGAGGCCGUAGUUCAUGGGAUGCCUUACAGAUAUUCAUUACUAUGUCAGAAUAAAGACAACUUAAUCGAACGAAAAGCCAAAGUCAGACGCAGAAGGGAGAUGACUGAGCGCCACAAGUACCCUCGGGAUCCACAACUGCAGUAUCAUGUAUCUGUUUCAAAGUUCCUGCUGUGGAAUAGAGCAGUUAAGAAAAUUGCUAAUUUCAGCGACGAAUUUCGAGGAACAAUACAACAGCAGAUACAAGUUUAUACACCUCAUCCCUCUUUAACUCCAAGCUCUUUCACCCACGCCUCUUCCCACGCCCACACGAAGCCUGCCAUUCAGAGUCCUACUCGUUCAGAGAAGGAGGAGCUGGGCGCCCUCUCCUCGCCCCCGCCCGGAGACGCCGUGCCCACCGCCACCGGGAAGCCAGGCGACGGCGGCGAGGACGACCGUGAGUCGUGGGACAGCAAGUGGCAGUACCUCCUGGCGGUGAUCGGGUACGCCGUCGGCCUCGGCUCCGUGUGGCGCUUCCCGUACCUCUGUCAGAAGAACGGCGGCGGUGCUUUUCUGUUCCCUUACCUGAUCAUGCUGGCGGUGGAGGGCAUCCCCAUCUUCUAUCUGGAACUCGCUGUCGGUCAGAGACUCAGGAAAGGAGCUAUUGGUGUCUGGAACCAGGUCUCGCCUUACUGUGGCGGCAUCGGCGUGGCUUCAGCUUUUGUGUCCUUCAACGUGGCUCUUUAUUACAACACUAUCAUAGCCUGGUGCCUCUACUACCUGGCGGGGAGUUUCCGGAGUCCCCUCCCGUGGUCAGACUGCCCCAAGAAAUAUUACGAAAACGGAUCGUAUACCGUGGUGCGGGAGUGCGCGAAAAGCAGUCCCACAGAGUAUUUCUGGUACCGAGAAACCCUCGAGAUUUCUCCAGACAUCAACCACCCUGAGAAGUUCAACUGGAAGAUCGCCAUUUGCCUUCUCAUUGCAUGGCUCCUCACCUACCUGUGCAUGGCCAAGGGUAUUGCGUCAUCCGGAAAGGUUGUGUAUGUGACAGCCACGUUUCCCUACUUGGUUCUGGUGAUUUUCUUCGUGCGAGGCAUCACUCUGCGCGGCAUGGAAGACGGGUUAAAGCAUCUCUUCACUCCAGAUUGGGAAAAGCUCCUCGACCCCACCGUCUGGCUCGAGGCGGGGACGCAGAUCUUCUUCUCCCUCGGCCUGGCCUUCGGCGGACUCAUCGCCUUCUCCUCCUACAACCCCGUGCACAACAACUGCUUCCGAGACGCCGUGGUCUGCGGACUCAUCAACUGCACCACCGCCAUCUUCGCCGCCAUCGUCGUGUUCUCGGUGCUCGGUUUCAAAGCCAACAUCACCUUCGACGAAUGCACGCAAGAGAGGGAGAGGAUCUUGUUGCAGUACUUCAACACCACCGACAUCGACCCCAUCCCUCCGGGGGAGAUGAUCAGCACCUACGCCGGCAGCACCAACAUCCCCAUGCCCGAGCUGCCCGAGUGCGACCUGCAGAAGACGCUCAAGAAUUCCGCUUCGGGAACGGGCCUGGCGUUCAUCGUCUUCACGGAGGCCAUCAACCAGUUCCCUUGGGCGCCCCUCUGGUCCAUCCUCUUCUUCCUGAUGCUGUUCACCCUCGGCAUCGACUCCGAGUUCGGCACGUUGGAGGGCGUGAUCACCUCCAUCGUCGACCUCAAGGUCUUCCCCAACAUCAGGAAGGAGAUCUUGACUGGCAUCUGCUGUGGCGUCUGCUGCGUGAUCAGCAUGGUCUUCGCUCACGGCGCCGGGAACUACGUGUUUAUUCUCUUCGAUGAUUUCUCCGGGAACAUUCCGCUCCUGAUCGUCGCCUUCUUCGAGUGUGUCUCCGUUUCGUAUAUUUAUGGCCUCAGGAGGUUCAGUGACGACAUAGAGCUAAUGACAGGAGGACGACCCGGCCCCUUCUGGUUGCUGUGCUGGAAGUACAUCUCACCCACGGUCAUGCUCACGAUCCUUACCUCCUCCAUCAUAAAGCAGGUGGUGAACGGCUCAAAGUACAUGGCCUGGGACGCGACGGAGGGCGAGGUCACCUUCCAGUCGUGGCCGGCGUGGGCGUGGGGGCUCGUGGCCGUCCUCGUCCUCGUGUCUGCCCUCUGGAUACCCGGAAUCGCCCUCACAAGGUUGUGCGGCCUCCACGUAAUUCAGGACGAAGAGCCUGCCUGGUUCCCAGCGGAGGAACUGAGAGAAUAUCACACCGUCGUUCCUCACAAGGUCACAAACAUCGAAAGGAAACUCUUCUGCAUGCGAGAAGACGGGCUCGAAGGCCUCUGUUGUCCAGUAGGAGCUCCGCCCAAAGAAGACGUUUAA